AUGUCGUCAUUUUCGACUUUCCCUCGUGAAGUCCCGGGAGACAGGUCUCUUAGUUUGAGGCGAUUGAGCGGCUGGCUGUCGACCGAUUUCUCUCCUUCCAUUAUCGACGACUAUUUUGAUGGCCUUAUCUUCGAAUCACUGAAAUGGAAUCCUGCUAACGCAUUUACGACCCGAACGGGCUGCUCUACUCAUGUCAUGUUUAGUUUGAUUUUGGGAUACGAACCUGACGAGAGACUGCUGAGAGCGGAGCUUAUAUCGAUCGUAGCAGCGAUGGUCACACGGCUCGCAAACCCUGAGUACGAGGACCACAGCGUUGUCCCUGUAAUGGUUAUUUCGUUGCUCGGAGAGAGGAAGGUGCGGAUCCUACAAGCACACAACAAUCAGGGAGGAAUUGUUAUCCGGAAGAGUGGCUUUAUCAAAUUCAACUCCCCCGAAGAAGCGACGGAAAACAUGGAUCUUCUUAUGCGAUUCAUGGCGAGUAAUGUAGUUGGCGACACUGCUGAUCCAGAGAAUUUCUUCGGCAUGAUCCGAAACCCCACCGUCCAUUCCGGGGCCCAGCGGCGUCGGGUCAUCGCAAGAGAGCUUCCCGAGGAAACCCCAGAGAUCAUGACACGUCUCAAUCUGAGAGUGGCCAAGCAAGGCAGCGUUCGGGUGAGAAACUUUCUGAGGUCGAUUCGCCGCCGUCCACGAGUAAUCUCCGGGGGGCGUGAUGUAUUUGAACCUGGAAGGCCUGAAAGCCCUCCCAGAAUCCCCUCCUUUGCUUUCGAAUCAGACCUCGAAAGGCGUCUGUUCACUCCGUCGGACGAGCACGAAGCACCGAGCACCUCAGCUCCAAAGCAGGAGAGGGGUCGCCCUGUCACUAGACCCGACGAACAUGAGUUACGCAGAGGGCCUGUUUCGAGGGACCUCGACCCACAGACACCAGUGCCUCUAGGAUAG